AUGUUAACUUUAUCUAUUCUCCAUUUUUCACUUGCUGGUACCUCUUUGGCUAUUCGAUUCUCUUUGAUGGCCAAUUUUGUUCGCAAAUUUGAUGAAAAUUUUGAGGACUUGGCUUGUUGUUUCAGUUGUGUUUCACUUGCUUUCGAUUUCGAAGCCCAUCAGUUAUGGUGUUUCCUCACUUGCUUCUUUCUCGAAUCUGUGGACUCAGAUGAAGAGUAUGUGAAUUUUGACGCUGAAGAUGAGGUGGAGGUGAGAGAUUCAGCAGAUGAAGAUCUUGAAGAUCUUGAGGAAGUGAGAGAAGAAUUUGAUGAUGAACGCGACGUCGAGGAGGAUGUCGUGGAUGGUGCUAAAAUGGGCGAUGUAGAACGUGAUGAACUUGCAGAUGAUCCAGAAAGGAGCGAUUCUACUCUCUGUUUUUACAAGGCUCUUUUGGUUGACGCUCAUCCCAAAACUCGAUUGUAUUAUUUUCUCUUUGCACAAGUACUCCUUUUCUCUCUCCGUUAUCUCUCAAAACACAUUGGACAAAGCCUAUCUUGUGAUCCGCUUUCGGGAAACAAAUCUCUUCAAAUUGGCGCCUUGGCGCUGAUAGAUUAA